AUGAGUUAGAUAUGGAGGGCAUUCCAGUUCCUGUGCCAGUCUCAACACCAGUAUACCAAAAAUUCAAAGAAAAUAAUCCUGAAAUAAGCCUAUGUGUGUAUAAAUGGUCCAAUGAAAAUAAGAGUCUUGAGUUCCA